CCAGACCUGGGGAGCUGGCAGCAGGCCCGCGGGGCUGGGAGAAGCCCGUGGCCGUUUCCGCCUCCAGGUCGGCCCCGCCGUCCUUGACAGGCCCCAUGCUGCUCAGACAGACCCAGCCCCUGCGGGGCCGGGUGCUCCCCCGAGCCCAGGCCUGCGGGCCCAGGAGAAGCGUCCACCACAGGAGCCUGCCCCAGGAGGCUGACGUUCCCUUUGCCCGGGCUAACAUCGGGAGGUUUUUCCAAGGGGGGCCCAGCCUGGGCAACCAGUACGCGGAGGACGCUUUGCUGAGGGGCGCUCUGAAGAGGCUGCUGCCCCCCCAGGUCUUUGCGGAAGUGACCCAGGACCUGCAGAGGUUUGGGGCCCGAGUAUCGGGCGAGAUCCUCUCCCUGGGGCAAGAGUGUGAGGCGAACCCCCCUAGACUGCAGCAGUUUGAUGGGUGGGGUCGGCGAGUGGACCACAUCCUCACCUGCCCGGCUUGGAAGAAGCUCAAGGAAAUCUCUGCCGAGGAAGGGCUAAUCGCCAUCGGCUACGAGAGGAAAUAUGCCAGGUGGAGCCGUGUGUACCAGAUGGCCAAGCUGUUUCUGUUUUCUCCCUCUUCUGGAAUGUUUCUUUGCCCCCUGGCCAUGACCGAUGGUGCCACCAAAGUCCUGGAGGUGAUGAACAGCUCAGGGCCACCAGGGGAAGCUUUGGAUCAUCUGACAUCCCGGGACCCGGAGCGCUUCUGGACCUCUGGCCAGUGGAUGACCGAGCGCAAGGGAGGCUCCGACGUGGCCCAUGGCACCGAGACGGUGGCCCUGCCCCAGGAAGAUGGCACGUACAAACUCUUUGGAUUUAAGUGGUUCACGUCAGCCACAGAUGCUGACAUGACACUGACCCUCGCCCGGAUCAUGGACACGGGAGGAUCCGUCAUCAAGGGGACCCGGGGCCUGAGCCUCUUCUUCCUGAAGUUACGGGACGAGCAGGGACGGCUGAACGGCCUCGAAAUCCAGCGUCUGAAGGAGAAGCUGGGUACCUGCCAGCUGGCCACCGCCGAGCUGCUGCUGGAUGGGGCGCGGGCGCAUCUGGUCUCCCAGGAGGGCCGGGGAGUGGCCACCAUUGCCAACAUGCUGAACGUGACCCGGAUAUACAAUGCCAUAAGUGCCGUCGGCUUCAUGAGAAGGGUGGUCAACAUGGCCCGAGAGUACGCCACCCAGAGGUUUGUCUUUGGAAAGCUCAUCAAAGACCAUCCGCUUCACACCCAGACGCUGGCCUGGAUGGAGGUGCAGACCCGAGGCGGGUUCCUCUUGAUGUUGGAGAUGGGCAGGUUACUGGGCCUGGAGGAGACCGACGCCGCCAGCGCCCAAGACUCUCACCUCCUCCGCCUGCUGACUUCAGUGACCAAGCUCUAUACUGGAAAGCAGGCCGUGGCCGUCGUGUCCGAGGGGCUGGAAUGCUUCGGGGGGCAGGGCUACAUGGAGGACACGAGCUUGCCGGUCAUUCUCCGGGACACACAGGUGCUGCCCAUCUGGGAAGGAACCACCAACAUCCUGGCCCUGGACACCCUGUACUUCCUGACCAGGAGCCAAGGGCAGGCGCUGCAGGCCUUCUCGGCCUCUGUCCAGGAGAAGGUGGCCCGGGCCUCCCAGCAGCCUGAGCUGGCUCCUUGUGCCCGCCGCCUGCAGGACGCCCUCGGGAGGCUGGCCGGGCAGCUCGAGGGGCUCCAGGGGGACAGCAGCUCCAUGGAAAUGGCGGCGCGGGCCCUGGCCUACACGCUGGCCCGGAUCUACAUCGGGGCCCUUUUGGUGGAGCACGCGGCCUGGGCCGGGGCCUCCCCUGCGGACAUCUACGCUUCCCAGAGGUGGUGUGGACAAGACCUCUGCCCCCUGGACACGGCUCAGCGAGCUGGCUGCUACGGGGCCGAGGCCGUCGGCAGAGACAUGGACCUGGUCUACGAGGCGAGCCCAGCUCUCCCCGGGGAAAAGAGCACCCGGGCUGCUCAGUAGAGACGCGGUGGCGGCUUUUGUGGGAGACGGAGUCGGCCGGUCUUAGACAGACCCCAUGGCCAAGCGCCUUAAAUACGUUGUAUCCCCACAUUCACCCAGCUGUCCGCCCAUGUCACACACAUACACGUAUGCACACGAGCAGGUUUGUUGCUCAGUCAUUUCAGUUGGGCCGACCCUGGGGAAGCCCGUUUGGGGCCUUCUCGGCAGAGACAGGGGAGGGGCCGCCAUGUCCCCUACAGCUCGCCUGACAGAUGAGGAAACAGGCAAACAGGGUGAGUGACCCGCCCGGGGUCCCCCAGCCAGGCGGGGUCUGAGGCUCCGUCUCUUCCCAACUCCAGAGCCGGCCUUCUGCCCGUGCCCCCCGCCCACACGCGCUCUCAGCCCCCUCCCUCCGUCUCUCUGUCUCCCCAUCUCACACAUACACUGCAAAAAUGGCGUCACACACCAACUGCCCCCUAAGGAGACGCCACACAGCUCUUUAUUAAAAUGGAGCAAGAUGCGUUUUAUUUUUAGGAUUCUCCUUUAGCAUCCCCCUGAUCGCCCCUCCCCCCGAUAGUGUGCAGAGGUCAGCCUGGUGGGGUCAGCGGGGGCACAGAGGGGGCUGCAGCCGACGGCUCCCGAGAGGGAGGAGGGGCUGGGGGCGCGAGUCGGGCCUGGAGCCAGGGACCCGUGUGCCCGUCCUCGGUCGCUGGCCGUGUGCCGAACUCCCCUUCACUGCUUUCCUCAUCUGUAAAGUGGGGACAAUUACGGUACCUACUUCUUAGGCUCAUCAUAGGGACCCAAUGAGAUGAAAGCACCUUAAAGUCCCAAAGUGCCAUGGAGGUAUAAUUACUGGUAAUUGGGGCCGCUAGGGGGCACAGUGCAGAGCACCAGCCCUGAAGCAGGGAGGACCCGAGUUCAAAUGUGACCCCAGACACUUAACGCCUCCUGGCUGUGGGACCCGGGGCAAGUCACUUACCCCCAACUGCCUCAGCAAAAAAUCAUUAGUGAUCAUUCCGCGGACUUCCACGAGUUCUCCCUGGCCAGGGAGGGUUGGGAACCUGCUGCCUCGGGACGAGCCCCCUUCUCCCAAACGCUUUUCUCUUGGCCGCGCUCUCUGGGGCCGGGGAGUCCCCGGACUUAAGGCCCCUUUCAGUCCAGAUUUCACGGCCGGCCCUGCACCAAGGGGCUGCCUGCGGGAAACUGACCCUUACUCUAUUUAAAUUCAGCUCCCUUCCCCCGCUGCAGAGGCUGCAUCCCACCCUGGCUGAGCAAUGAGCCACCCGCCCAGAAAGUUCAGGCACCCGGGGGGAGGGAGCCCUGGCCAUGCCCCCAAACGGCAAACGGCUCAGGAUUGCCAGUCCCGGAGGCCACGAAGCUGGCAAGUGGGGAAGUCUAGGCCACCCUCCACCCGAGCCUCGCGGGUCAUCUUGGUAACAAACCUUUCAAGUGAUCUUGAAGCAGUUCAACUUGACCUCUGAACCAAGCAUCCCACCGGAUCCUCCCCGGCCACGCCCCCCUCCCCUGCCCGCCAAUAGCUGACAGAAGCCGGGGAGAGCGUGGGGAAGCCGUACAGGUGGAACAGUGGCCGCCGUCUCGCCUCCCGCCCAGGUUCCAAACCGGGCAGCCCCAGGGCUUCGGGGACAGGCCACGAUCCAGGAUGGAGCAGAUGGACAGGCUGACACUCUCUGGGCUGGACCAAGAUUCCCUCCGGCCACCUGAGGCCUUCCCGUGCUCCAGGGUCUGCCCUCGGGCACUGACUCACAGGUCCCGGCCUUUGCUCAGCCCAGAAGUCAUCGGUCCCGAUGUUCUCCAGCAAGACCUCCCCCCUCUAUUCCUGUGCUUGCAAGGGCAAUAAAGGCCCAGGGUUAGA